UCCCAUGACGUCACGAUCAGGAAGUGGAUGCGGAAGUGUCAGGCGAACAGCUGACAGCUGCACGUAGCUCUCUGACAGGACUCACAAAUCACAGCUCAUCGAUAUAAAAUGUUGAAGGCGGUUAUUUUAAUCGGAGGCCCCCAGAAAGGCACGAGGUUCAGGCCGCUGUCAUUUGAAGUCCCCAAACCCUUGUUUCCAGUGGCUGGUGUGCCCAUUCUGCAGCAUCACAUUGAAGCAUGUGCCAAGGUGCCGAAUAUGAAGGAGAUUUUGCUCAUCGGUUUUUAUCAGCCCAACGAAGAACUGACCAGAUUCAUGUGUAACGCUCAGCAGGAGUUAAAAAUUUCCAUCAGGUAUCUGCAGGAGUAUUCAGCCCUGGGCACGGGAGGGGGCAUCUAUCACUUCCGAGAUCAGAUUGUCUCCGGCAGUCCAGAGGCUUUCUUUGUUCUGAAUGCUGAUGUCUGCUCAGCGUUUCCUCUCACAGAGAUGCUCAGCUUCCAGAAGGAACACGGAGAGCCAAACAGCUUUGUCAUCCUUGGGACAACAGCAAACAGAACACAGUCCCUGAAUUACGGGUGCAUUGUUGAAAACGAGGAAACGCGUGAGGUCUUGCACUACGUGGAAAAGCCGAGCACGUUCGUGAGCGACAUCAUAAACUGCGGCGUAUACCUCUUUACCCCAGAUAUCUUCCAGCACAUCGGCACCGUCUUCCAGAAGAAUCAGCAGGACAUGUUGUUAGAGGAGCCAACCAACGGCUGGCACCGAGCAGAGGCCAUCAGGCUGGAGCAGGACAUAUUCACUGCCCUGGCAGGACAGGGAAAACUCUACGUAUAUAAAACCCUCAGCUUCUGGAGCCAGAUUAAAUCUGCAGGGUCUGCAAUUUAUGCCAGUCGGCUGUACCUCAACCAGUACCACACGACUCAUCCCGAGAGGCUGGCCUCAAAUAAAGAGGGAGGGCCGAAAAUAAGCGGUAAUGUCUACAUUCAUCCUACAGCCAACAUUGACCCCACAGCUACAUUGGGUCCCAACGUCUCUAUUGGCACCGGAGUGACUAUCGGUGCUGGAGUCCGAGUUCGAGAGUCCAUCAUCCUCCAUGGAGCAACUCUGCAGGAUCACUGCUGUGUCCUGAACAGCGUCGUGGGAUGGGACAGCACCAUUGGCAAGUGGGCGAGAGUCGAGGGGACCCCGAGUGACCCGAACCCCAACGACCCCUACGCAAAGAUCGACAGCGAGACCCUCUUCAGAGAUGGAAAACUCACGCCCUCAAUUACAAUUCUCGUUUGCUGCUCCCAUGCAGAGUGACAUCAGCUCCCCUGUGGUCCAAAUUAGCCAAUGGGGAUUUCCACCCGUCACUCAGACUUGCAGUGUACUUGCAGUCAUGGACCAGAAGCCACACAUCAGCUGCAUCUGCAUCUGCUGGAAAAAACCAAUAGGGUGCUAAAGUCUAAGCCUGCCCUCAGGUUAGAAAUACUUAAAUCGCCCACUUGAACUUGAGCGAUGCGAGUGUUCAGCUGUGGAGUGGCAGAUAUCAAGCAGCGAUGCACUUCAUAAAUGAUAAAAUGACACAACACUCCAGAAGAUGACAGUUGAGUAUGCAGCUUAGCCCGGAGAAAUAAAGGGCAACUCUUCCCAUAUUUAUGAUUGUUACUUAUCGUCUUUUAAAAAUCAAAUCAAAUAUUCAGGCCCUGCAGAAAUGUAACUGAAGAGGAAAGGGAAAAGUCAGCUUUGCGAUCUGACAUUCUUAACCUGAUACUCUGGCUGCUCAGUUUUAAAAUGCAGCUUAGUAUCUACACCUGGUUGUGGGCAGGCUUCAGUUUCAUCUGUGCAGAGCAGCUCUGGCAUGGAGUGACUCAUCAGCAGCUCUUUGUAUUUCCUGAGCUCCAGCUCUGCAUGAACCCUUUAAGUGGCCUAAAAGUUUAAAAACCACUUUGACUCACCCUGAGAUACCCAACAAAGUGAAAAGUAAAAAUCCAUUAGCCAUGAGAGUAGUUAAAGUUGUAAAGUAUUUAAUAUUAAAUGUACUUAAGGAUCUUAAAACUUAAUAAAGGUACAUUUUCUGGCGAUAAAUUAUUCUUUAGUAUCAAAAUAAAGGUAAAUUAUACUAUACUAUACUUAUAUAAUUAUACACUAAUGACUGAUUAUUGGCCUGCCUGAUUAUCAGAUUCGAUAGUCAGCAUUUUUCUGUUGUCUACAGAACAAUUUAAUCUGAUUGCCAUUAAAAUAAAUUAAUUAAAUUUGUGAAACUUUGGCUCUGAAUCAGCAUGCAAUCAGCAAAGUAACUUAACUUAAUUAUCAAAUAAAUAUAGUGCAGUAAAAUGUACAUUGUUUCCUUCCAAAAUGUAGUGGAGAGGAAGUAUAACGUAGCAGAAAAUGGAAAUACAGUACUCAGUACCUCCCAUUCAAUCCCUGUGUUCACGUGAUGUUUACCACAAAAUCAUCAUAUACUGAAUAUGAUAUGAUAUGUCAUCAUAAUUCUUCAUAAUUUUUGUACUGUAGAUUUGUUACUAUUCUGUUCUUAACAAAAAUGUUUGAUAAUAAAGUAUUUUCUAUUUUAUACA